UUUAAAUGCUUGCACAACCCAUGUUGAUUCCUGACUACCCUCCAUGAUCGAGAGCUCUCGAUCCCGCAACCAUGUAUUGCCAGAAAUGCCGUAUUCCUCUGAAGGUUGAUGGUUCUCUCGAGGAUUUGAACCCAGCGGCCUUCGACCUACUCAUAGGCUCGACCGGAAAGUCAUUAUCUGACCCAUCCAGCAAAUCUACGUCACGCGCUGCGUUCCCUCCAGAUCGACAGCAACGUUACGACCAAGUGUCACGGCGAGCUACAUCCCCUGUUUAUAAAAGAACCGUGCCCGCACCCCGAUAUAGUACAGGAAACCCACUUGGGCAGUCUCGAACAGGGCCGAAAGAUGGACCUGGCAUGUCGUUUGUCAUGCUAAGUGAGUCUCAAGUGGUGCCUGCGCAUGCCGCUCCAACAGUGAACGGUGAUGUUCGGCGACCAUCAAAAGGAAGUCUACGGAACCUGUCCGAAGCACAAACAACGGAGCAUGGGACCCAAACAUAUUCUGAUCAAAUUGAAAAAACCACCCGUCUAUUCGAGAUCAUAUCUGCGCGUUCUGAUAUCGAUCACCCGAUCUGUACCGAAUGCACCGAGAUGCUCAUCGAAGGGCUUCAGAAAAGGCUACAGACCGCAACAAAGGAACGGGACGCAUAUGUCUCAUUUUUGAAAAAUUUAAAUAACUCCAUUCCAUCUCCAGAGGAAGUACAGGCUGCAGAAGAUGAUCUCAAAGCAACACUACAGGCCGAGGAAGAUGCCUUUCAGGAGCUUCUUGCCCUUGAGAAAGAAAAGACUGCCGUUGACUUAGAGAUUGCUGAGUUAGAGGAGGAGUCUCGCAAGCUUGACCUAGAAGAAGAGCAAUUCUGGAGUGAUCGCAAUGCAUUUGCAUUGAAACUAUCCGACUUCCAAAAUGAACGCGAUGCUUUGAAUAUGAAGUACGAUCAUGAUUCUCGGCAACUUGAGCGCCUUCAGCGGACGAACGUUUAUAAUGACACUUUCUGCAUAGGCCAUGAUGGGUAUUUUGGCACCAUUAAUGGACUGCGUCUUGGUCGUCUCGCAAACCCGUCCGUUGAGUGGUCCGAAAUAAAUGCUGCCUGGGGUCAAACUCUUCUCCUGCUUGCUACUGUUGCCGACAAACUAGGCUUCCAAUUCCAAGGAUACAAAUUAAAACCUUUGGGCUCGACGUCAAGGAUCGAAAAGAUAGAAUAUCCCCAGCAGUCCCCGAAUGCUACCACGUCUCACCGAGGCCCUUCAAGUAAUCGUCCCGACACAACCCUCACACCAAAGAUUACAUCACUAGAUCUAUAUUCCUCGGGUGAUCUUCCCUUGCACCUCCCGUGGCUCCACCGUCGUUUCGAUGCCGGUAUGGUUGCAUUUCUUGAGUGCCUUCGCCAAUUAGGUGAGCACGUGGAGCACACACCCGUAUCGUUACCUUCCCGUUCCCCACCUCCUAGACUCUCCAGAUAUCAAUCCCCAGGAAUUUCUUCGCCAGCGACUCGUGCUCUUCAAGCACAGAUUUCGGGCCUCAAACUGCCGUAUGAGAUCAAACGGGACAAAAUCGGAGAUGCGAGCAUCAAGCUUGGCUUCAACCAAAGUGACGAAACUUGGACCCGAGCUUGCAAGUAUACACUAACGUGCUGCAAGUUCUUGCUGGCACACGCGAGCAAUGUUACAAGCGCGGGAUCUGGUCCUCCUGUACCAGCUACAACCGCGAUUGUGCCGAACCGUUGAGAGCCAAAGUGUACAAUGUUCCGUUGGCAAGGCAUGCGAAAUCUCAAUGUAUGAGAUUAUGUCUAUUUUUGGGUAAAAUGAAUAAGAACGGGAGCCUUUUACGCCCAUAUCUAUACAUAAAAUAGAUCAAGGCUGGUUUAUUCAACCCCGAAAAGGAAUAUUUGCUGGGAAAUCAGUCUACGCCGUUCUGCUCAGCCCAGCUUCCUUGUACGAUACCCCAACCGAUUUUCAAAAAGGCCACCCUUUGCGCCAUUGGCCAGAUUAUAUCCGUCUCUUAUCCGGAACCCUACUCCAUCUCGCAACAUUCUCUAUUGGCUCCUCCACUCAACCCGUUGCUGCCUACAAGAAAAGACUUUACCAACACUCUUCAAGUAGGAUAGCCAUGUGGGAAAUCGGCGGAGAAAGAAGGAGAAAGUUGUGGGUAUGUAUAUAUAACGUGGAAUAAGCCAUCUUGGUCCGUUCAGGUGUCUCGCCUCCAUCCCCUCCACUAAAUCAACAUAUUCCGAACAAAAUGCCUCCGUUCCUGUUAGAAACCAAAGCUUUGUAAUAUGGUAUCAUUGGGGUCGUUUUUGUUAAUAUCUGAAAAUGAAGAAAGAGAGACCUUAGGGCGCAGAAAGGAUUUUGACCACCCG